CGCAAGAAAAAAAGUAGUACGAAUUUUCUUCCGUGACACCAACAACUUUUUCCUCCCCCCCACUUUAAUCGGCUGCAGCCACAUAUUCUCUAAAAUAAUAACUUUUCACACCAAACUUCUCCUUUGCUGGGUCUCCUUUAUUUGAAUGAAGGUCGUCCGUAGCAAGGGAAGAAGAAGAAGACACAUGAUUGCGAAAGAGCACGAUUACAAAACACGACAUCUAGGAAGUGUUGUUUUGGAUAUGGCAUGGGUCUUGCUCUGCGUUGAUUAUUCAAGACUCUUUUGGUUGCUCUUCCGCGUCUUCUCCUACGAGAAUCACGAAGGAAAACCUCGGAUCCUUUUCUAACCCAAUCUCUCUCUCUCUCUCUCUCUCUCUCUUGCUUCUCCUUUUCUCUUUCUGCAUCCCGAUCUUGUUUUGUUUUUUCCCCCAUUUUUUAUUUAAUUUCGCUUUUUUUUAAUUUUUAAAAACCUCCCAAAAUUUGAGAUCCGUGGCCAUGUACACGACUGAUAUUUCUUCCACCGCCGCCGGAACUUCCAAUGAUUCGAACCCUUACGUCGAGACUGAUCCUUCCGGUCGCUAUGGUCGUUUCAGGGAAGUACUUGGCAAGGGAGCAAUGAAGACAGUUUACAAAGCCUUUGACCAAGUUCUAGGUAUGGAAGUGGCAUGGAACCAAGUUAAGCUCAACGAGAUCUUCCGUUCACACGAGGCCUUACAACGCCUCUACUCCGAAGUUCACCUCCUCAAGAACCUCAACCACGAGUCCAUCAUCCGUUACUGCACGUCUUGGAUCGACAUCAACCGGAGGACGUUUAACUUCAUCACUGAGCUCUUCACAUCAGGCACUCUUAGAGAGUAUCGGAGGAAGUAUCAAAAGGUUGAUAUCAGGGCUAUAAAGAGCUGGUCACGCCAGAUUCUGAAUGGUCUUGCUUACAUGCAUGGACAUGAUCCUCCUGUUAUUCAUAGAGAUCUUAAAUGUGAUAAUAUCUUUGUUAAUGGUCACCUUGGGCAAGUCAAGAUUGGUGACUUGGGCUUAGCUGCUGUUCUCCGAGAAUCACAACAAGCUCACAGCGUCAUAGGAACGCCUGAGUUCAUGGCACCAGAGCUGUAUGAUGAAGAAUACAACCAGCUUGUCGACAUUUAUUCAUUCGGUAUGUGCGUUCUAGAGAUGCUUACCGGUGAGUACCCUUACAUUGAAUGCGACAACCCUGCACAGAUAUACAAGAAAGUCACAUCGGGGACGUUACCUCGGUCUUUCCGUCUCAUCCAGAACAUGGAGGCCAAGCGGUUUGUUGGUAAGUGCUUGGAAACUGUUUCGAAGAGAUUGUCUGCAAAGGAGCUCUUGGAGGACCCGUUCCUCUCCAUGACUGAUGAGGGUGAUUUAGCGCCUCUUUCUAGAUUGCCCUCACAGCUAGCUAUUCAGAACUUGGCUCCAAAUGGAACGGUGGUGGAGCCUCUGCCUUUAGUGACUGAUCCAAAUAGAACGACAGAUAUGUCUAUAACAGGAAGGAUGAACUCCGAAGACCACACCAUCUUUCUACAAGUGCAGAUUUCAGAUGGCAAUGGUUACAUGAGGAACAUUCACUUCCCUUUCAGCAUUGUAAGCGACACACCUCUUGAAGUAGCAUUGGAGAUGGUGAAAGAGCUUGAGAUCACUGAUUGGGAUCCUUUGGAGAUUGCUGCAAUGAUUGAAAAUGAGAUAUCUUUGCUCGUCCCAAACUGGAGUGCCCAUGAGGACCCUUCUCUCCUUCACCACAGCUUUGAUCAUGAAGAUGAUGACGACAGUGGACGAAGAACACGCCCUUUCUACUCUGCUGCUUGCUCUCCCGACCCUCUUGUAGCAGUCAAUGACAAUAACAACUCCUCCCUUGAGGACCUUUCUCUCCGGGACCACAGCUUUGGUUAUGAAGAUGAUGAGGACAAUGGCGAGGGAGGAGGACGAAGAACACUCCCUUUCUACUCUGCUUCUUGCUCUCCCGAACCUCCUGUAGCAGUUAAAGAGAACAACAACAACGCCCUUGAGGACAACCCUUCUCUCCAGCACCAAAGCUUUGGUCAAGAAGAUGAUGACGACAAUGUCCAGGGAGGAGGAAGAAGAACACUCCCAUUCUCCUCUGCCUCCUCCUCUUACGACUCUCCUGUACCAGUUACAGACAACGACAACGCCCAUGAGGACCCUUCUCUCCUGCACCACAACUUAGGUCAUGAAGAUGAUGACGACACACGAAAAACAACCCUUUUCUACUCUGCUGCUUGCUCUCUCGAUCCUCAUGUAGCAGUUACAGACAACGAGGGUUCGAGUAACGAUGAUGGCAGUGGUAGAGGCUCUAAUACUUUGUUAAGUUCUUCGACAUACCAACACUCUCCUCCCGUUGAGGAUGAUGAUCAAAGCCCGCAACAACGGAGGAGAAGGUUAAGGUUACAUAAGAUGAAAUCGCUUGUGGACACGAGAACGCAGGUGCUGCACCGUUCGCUCAUGGAGUUGAUCAACAGGCACACCAGGCGUGGGCGUGGCUCUAGUACGAACUUGAACGAGUUACAACAUCAACCCGUUGCUGAUUUCCUGAGACGAUCUUGAUUCUUGAGAAAUGGAUGAGAGCCUUUGUGGCUCUUUCAUUAUGAAAAACAGAAUUCCAUAUUGGUGCAUUAGCAUUUUCGUUUGAUGGUAUUAUAUUAAAUAAAUUGUUUAGUGCCCUUUUGCAUAUAGUUCA